UCUGGGCCUAUAUAAGAUGACAGAGGAUGGGACUAGAGUGUGGAGAUCAAGAGGAGAUCAACUGGAGGUGAAGAUUAAGACUGGACUAGUCUGCUGUACUACACUAUACAUCUCUGGAUCUGUGUAAAUGAAUUCAACAAGAGCAAUGUUGCAACCAAAAGAUACUCUUAAGACUGUGCGUCUGUCUCACUCCAUCAAUGAUGAAGAGAUAAAAUACGUGACGUUGAGGAAGACUCUGAUUAAGAAGUGGCUGAAAGAUCAGGGUAUCAAUUGUGAACUGGAGGAUGUUCCUAACAUAGCGUUGCUGGGGUCAGGUGGAGGAGAGAGGGCAGCAGUGGGCAUGCUGGGAUCUCUGCAUCAACUGGCACAGGACAACCUGCUGGGCAGCCUCCUCUACAUGUGUGGGGUGUCAGGCACCACCUGGUGCAUGUCAUCUCUGUACAGCAAUCCAGCCUUGUCGUUGAGUGAGCGUUGUGAUGAGGUGAUAAAGAAGCUGAAGGAUUCUACGGUGGACUGGAGCAAAGCUGUGGAGUGGCUGAAAUUGAGGAAAGAACAAAACCAGGACUUCAACCUCACUGACUUCUGGGGCGCCUUCAUUGCCUGCUAUUUCAUGAAAGAGAUGCACACUCGCUGUCUCUCUGAAGAUACUAACAUCACCAAACCCUACCCCAUCUACAGCGCCAUAGAACUGGACUGCCACAGACAGGAUGACACUAAAGGGGUGUGGUUUGAGAUGACCCCCUACGAGAGCGGCUUCUCCGGAUUGGGCGCUUUUGUCCCCACUUCCUGUCUUGGGAGCCAGUUUGAAGGCGGGACUCUGAGAGAGAAGAGGAAGGAAAUGGACAUGGUUCUGCUGCAAGGUAUCUGUGGGAGUUCCUUUGCAGACAGGCAGGUGAACAAUGCUUAUGUGGUAAAAAAGAUCUGGAGCUUAUUUGGAGAUCCCCCAGUACUGUCAUCUGCAGGGUCAGGGUCAGGUCCAGGGCACGAGAGCAUGAGGUUGGAGUUUGAGAGUACAGGGAAGGUAGAGGUGCGUGAGUGUGUGCCCUCCCAAGUGGUGAGGUGUGUGUCUGUGCUGAUCAAGUACGCUGAGGACCCAGAUCCACUGAAGACAAGGGAAGUCAUCACCACACUGGGACAGCUACUGAAUGGUCUUGUGAGCAGUAAGGGCGAGAUGCUGUGGAACAUGGACUCUGAGAGGUGGAAGAGAACCAGCCUGGAGGAGAGAAAGAAGUUCAUAGAGACAGUCAGUCUGGAGCUCAUCCUCACCUCAGACAGCUGGGCAAAAGACUGGAAGGACAAACGCUACGACCAUGCAAAUGAAGGGAUGUCCGCGGAGUUGAGGAACACAACGGACAAAAUGUCAUUUACAAUCUCCCAGUUCCCCGAUGGGUUGUGGAUUGUAAAGAACAUUUUCCCUUUGGUCCAAACAUGGGAAUGGGGAACCACGUCCAACUUCCUCUUCAAGUUCCAAAAUACUAACGUUCCGAGCAGCAUGGCAUCCAAAGAGAAGAUUCACCUGGUAGAUGCUGGGUUAAAGAUGAAUUCUCCCUACCCCCCCGUCCUGCGCCCAUCCAGGGAGGUUGACCUCAUCAUCUCCUUGGACUUCAGCGAGGGAGACCCCUUUGAGACGGUGUUUAGUGCCAAAAAGUAUGCACUUCAGCAGAAGGUCCCCUUUCCCCCGGUGAAGGAGAGUGUGAGAGAUGAGAAAGACCGUCCGCAGGGCUGCUACGUUUUCGAGGGGCGACGCCCUGAAGAGCCCACCAUCAUGCACAUGCCCCUGUUCAACCUGCAGAACUGCAAAGGCGAGGAGGAGAUUAAGAAGGAGAGGGAGAAGUACACAACGUUGCACCAGCACUACGGUGAGCCUGAGAUCGAACACCUCCUGAAGAAGGCCAAGAACAACUUGAAGAACAACAAAUACAGGAUCCUGGUACAGAUCAUUAUGGCUAUCCAACGCAGAAAGAAUCGCAAGUCAGUGGUUCGAUGGCCUGUAUCUGUGGUGUAAAGUACUACAGUAUUUUUGGGAGUAUCUUCACUUUACUAUUUAUUUGACAACUUUUACUUCACUACAUUCCUAAAGAAAAGUAUAUAUUUCUUACCCCAUACACUCUCCCUGACACACAAAAGUAGCCUACUUGUUACAUUUUGAACGCUUAGCAGGACAGAAAAUGUAUAAUUCACGCAUUUAUCAAGAGAACAUCCCUACCUGUUAGUCCCUACUGCCUCUGAUCUGGUGGACUGAUUAGAAGCACGUGCUGCUCAUCUGUGUUCCCAACAAAUGCUGAUUUAAAACGAUGUGUACCUACACACUGGAGAAAGCUGAACCGUCUGUGUAUACCAUCCCUAAUGCAUUAAAAACCUUGAUUUUAUUUUUGAGUGCAGACACAUCACACCCUUCGUCUGAAUUUGCGGUUUUUACGCACAAACCAAGCUUCUGGGAAUGCUUGAUUGUCCUCUUGAUUAGAACUCACUAAACACAAAUGCUUCUUUUGAUGUUGGAGUGUGCCCCUGGCUGUCUUUGAAAAAUAAAAUGGUGCCGUCUGGAUUUCUAA